AUGCUCCUGGCGCGGAUGAAUCCGCAGGUGCAGCCUGAGAACAACGGGGCGGACCCGGGGUCCGAGCAGCCCAUGCGAGCGCGCAAAGCUGCGGACCUGCUGGUGGUGAAGGAGCGCAACGGCGUCCAGUGCCUCCUGGCGCCCCGCGGUGGCGACGCGCAGCCCCGGGAGACCUGGGGCAAGAAGAUCGACUUCCUGCUGUCGGUGGUCGGCUUCGCGGUGGACCUGGCCAACGUGUGGCGUUUCCCCUACCUUUGCUACAAGAACGGCGGUGGUGCCUUCCUGAUCCCGUACACCCUGUUCCUCAUCAUCGCUGGGAUGCCUCUGUUUUACAUGGAGCUGGCUCUGGGGCAGUACAAUCGGGAAGGGGCAGCCACGGUGUGGAAGAUCUGCCCAUUCUUCAAAGGAGUUGGCUACGCUGUGAUCCUCAUCGCCCUCUAUGUUGGCUUCUACUACAACGUCAUCAUUGCCUGGUCACUCUACUACCUCUUCUGCUCCUUCACCCUCAACCUGCCCUGGACUGACUGUGGCCAUGCCUGGAACAGCCCCAACUGCACCGACCCCAAGCUCCUCAAUGGCUCCGUGCUGGGCAACCACACCAAGUACUCCAAGUACAAGUUCACACCGGCUGCAGAGUUUUAUGAGCGUGGAGUCCUGCACCUUCAUGAGAGCAGUGGAAUUCAUGACAUCGGCUUGCCCCAGUGGCAGCUUUUGCUCUGUCUGAUGGUCGUCGUCAUCGGCCUGUACUUUAGCCUCUGGAAAGGAGUGAAAACAUCGGGAAAGGUUGUGUGGAUCACAGCCACGCUGCCCUACCUUGUGCUGUCUGUGCUCCUGAUCCACGGUGUCACGCUGCCCGGUGCCUCCAAUGGCAUCAACGCCUACCUGCACAUCGACUUCCACCGCCUGAAAGAGGCUACGGUAUGGAUUGAUGCUGCGACACAGAUAUUUUUUUCCUUGGGGGCUGGGUUUGGAGUCUUGAUUGCAUUUGCCAGUUACAACAAAUUCGACAACAAUUGUUACAGGGACGCCCUGCUGACCAGCACCAUCAACUGCAUCACCAGCUUCAUCUCUGGGUUUGCCAUCUUCUCCAUCCUUGGUUACAUGGCCCAUGAACACAAGGUCAACAUUGAGGAUGUCGCCACUGAAGGGGCUGGCCUAGUGUUCAUCCUGUAUCCAGAAGCCAUUUCCACCCUGUCCGGAUCUACAUUCUGGGCUGUCGUGUUUUUCAUCAUGCUCCUGGCUCUGGGCCUUGACAGCUCAAUGGGAGGCAUGGAGGCCGUCAUCACAGGCCUAGCAGACGACUUCCAGGUCCUCAGGAGACACCGGAAACUCUUCACAUUCGCCGUCACCUUAGGCACCUUCCUUUUGGCCCUGUUUUGCAUAACCAAGGGUGGAAUUUAUGUGCUGACCCUACUGGACACCUUUGCAGCAGGCACCUCCAUCCUAUUUGCUGUGCUCAUGGAAGCCAUCGGAGUUUCCUGGUUUUAUGGUGUGGACAGAUUCAGCAACGACAUCCAGCAGAUGAUGGGGUUUAAGCCGGGCCUGUACUGGAGACUGUGCUGGAAGUUCGUCAGCCCUGCCUUCCUCCUGUUCGUGGUGGUGGUCAGCAUCAUCAACUUCAAGCCGCUCACCUAUGAUGACUACAUCUUCCCACUUUGGGCCAACUGGGUCGGGUGGGGCAUCGCCCUGUCCUCCAUGGUCCUGGUCCCUGCCUACGUCAUCUACAAGUUCCUCAGCACGCGGGGCUCCCUUUGGGAGAGACUGGCUUAUGGCAUCACGCCGGAGAACGAGCACCACCUGGUGGCCCAGAGGGAUGUCAGGCAGUUCCAGAUGCAAAUGAGACAAGGAAGAAGGGGAAAGACCAACUCUUGCCAAAUAUGCUGCUGAACAAAAGUCCCCAAAGCUGCCUUAACUCUCAGAGGGAGUUCCCGCCCGAGAGGGAGCCAGUCUCUCACCAUAUGAUCUGUUUUCCAGCCUUGGUAAUGUGAGGCUGGAGCAUUCUUACCAAAGAAGUCAUUUCAUAGUAGAGAAGCCC